CACACAUCGCGAUCAUUCAUUGCUUGAUUUCCCUUUGAAUGUGGCAUCAUCGGCAGAUCAUGACUUCAAGACUGUCAUAAUGACCCUUCUUCUUUCCAAAAUUACGGAACUCUUAUACAUGAGGUUGGGACACAAAGGUUUAUAGGAGUUUUUAGCUGCAAGCCCAGAAACAAUUUGAUUCUUCCCUGAGUACAAGAUGAGUUUAUCAUUGAGAAUUACCCGCAACCUGAAAUUGAAUCACGCAAAAAUUACAUUGUCUAGCAACACGCAAAGAUACCGCAAAAUGUCAUCCCUCAUACCUGGCAGUAACACAUUCAACCCGGACAAGGACAUACCUGACUUGUCUGGCAAGCAUUACAUCGUGACCGGAGGUUCGGCUGGAAUAGGCUUUGGUAUUGCUGCGCAUUUGCUCCAGCACAAGGCCGACAACGUCACCAUCUUGUCGAACAAGGAGGAGCAUGCCCAGUCUGCGCUCGAAGAGCUGAAGGAGUACGGAGACGCAUCCAAGGCUCACUGGGUCAAGUGCGAUUUUGAGGAUCUCAAGUUUACGGAAAAGGUUGCCAAUGAGUUGGCCAGGUCGCAGGAUAAGCUCGAUGGACUCGUCCUCAACGCAGGUCUCGGCGUCGGAGUAUACAACGAAACAAAGGACAAGAUUGAUUCCCACUUCCAAGUCAACAUCCUCUCGCAAUUUCUCCUCCUGAAGAAGCUCCUUCCUCGCCUGCAAAAGACGCCGGGCGCCCGCCUGGUCUUCGAAUCCUCCGACCUGCACAAGGCCGCCGACGGCGGUGCGCAGUUCAAGGACGAGGCCGAGAUCAACAACGACAUUGGUCCGACCCAGCUGUACAACCGUACCAAGCUCGCCCUGAUCCUGCUCGCGCGGGCGCUCCAGCGCAGGAAAGAAGCCGGCGAACUGGGCUUCCAGCCCGGCCAAAGCGUCUUCAUCAACGCCGUGCACCCCGGCGCCGUCGCGACGGAUCAGCAGCUGCAAGCCGAGGAGGCGUACGGAACGCUCGGAGUGGUUGGCCACGCCAUUGUCAGGCCGUUCUUGAAGGAUCCCGUGUCGCAGGGAUGCCGGCCUGCUCUGUUCGCCACCACCAGCAAGGAGAUUGAGGAGCAGGAGAUCAGUGGGCAGUAUAUCGUGCCGGACAAGAAGGUGACGAGCCCGAGCAGCAAGGCGCAGGAUGAUGAGCUUGGGGAGAGGUUGUGGAACCUUAUGGAGCAGAUGCUGAAGGAUAGGCUGGGUUGAGGGCGCCGAAGUCGCGGUGGUUACCUAGACCUAUUUUAGAAAUACGUAGACCAUUCACCACGAGAUCUUCUGAAUAAGAUCCAAAGAUAGCAUUCAGAUACCAUUUAUUACGUUUGCGUUAUGACUCUCUUUUCUGCUUUAUUUUAGUAUAUUUCUUCAGGC